GCCGCCACCCUGCAAUCCCCUCUCGACGCCAGAAGCGCACCACCAUCUCCUUCCCCGCCGCCGUCGCCGAAGCCGAAGAAUCUGCCGCCAUGUCGACGGAGAAGAAGCGGGCGAACCCCAUGCGGGAGAUCAAGGUGCAGAAGCUCGUCCUCAACUGCUCCGUCGGGGAGAGCGGCGACAGGCUCACCCGCGCCUCCAAGGUGCUCGAGCAGCUCAGCGGGCAGUCGCCGGUGUUCUCCAAGGCGAGGUACACCGUGCGUUCGUUCGGCAUCAGGCGUAACGAGAAGAUCGCGUGCUACGUGACGGUGCGUGGCGAGAAGGCCAUGCAGCUGCUCGAGAGCGGGCUCAAGGUCAAGGAGUACGAGCUGCUCAGGAGGAACUUCAGUGAGACCGGCUGCUUUGGAUUCGGUAUCCAGGAGCACAUCGACCUUGGCAUGAAGUACGAUCCCUCAACAGGUAUCUACGGAAUGGACUUCUACGUCGUGCUUGAGCGUGCUGGCUACCGUGUGUCCCGCCGCCGCAGGUGCAAGGCUCGCAUCGGGAUCCACCAGAGGGUGACCAAGGAGGAUGCCAUGAGGUGGUUCCAGGCCAAGUACGAGGGAGUCAUCCUCAACAAGUCGCACAACGCUUGAAAUCUCAUCUCUAUGUUGCAGCUGUUAGAACCUUUAUCCUCUUGUCGCGAACGGAAGUUCACCUUGCAAAUUGACGAUGAAUUCUGUAGCCAGAUAUUUUACCUAUUACCUACCUGAGCUAAAGGCUGACUUUCAUUCCUUUGUGGUCGCCUAGUUAAUUGGCCCAGCUCUUAAUUUU